AUGGUGAGAUACGCUCUUUCAACUGCACUCUUUGGUAUAACGAUCGUACAGGCUUGGAAUUACCUCAAUGCGAAUGCGGAUGGAUGGCUUAUGCGUUCCCUUGUGGCGUUUUUAGUAGCCAUGGACGCUGCUGUGACUGGUGUUAAUACCCAGAUUUUGCAUCAUUAUCUUGUUGAUAAUUUUGGGAAUACGGAUCAGAUGCAGAUUAUUAUUCAUUCAUUUGACGCAGAGAUAAUGAUGACCGCUGUCGUUGUUUUGAUCGUUGAGCUGUUCUUUGUUGUUAGGAUUUAUAAACUAAAUUCUCAAAAUUGGCUCGUUCCUGCUGUGAUUACUGUUUUGGCACUGGGAAGCUUUGGUUCUUGUACUGCUUUCGUUGUCGCGCAAAUUCAGGACGACAGUUUCAUGGGACUUCAAAAGAACGACAGAGUGGCAACGAUCACAGCUUUCAACGGCUCAGCGGCCCUUGCAGAUAUCCUUAUCACAAUCGCCUUAUCUUGGAAUCUAUCUCGGAGCCGGACAGGCAUCCCUCGAACGAAUAAUGUAAUUCAAAAAAUGCUCACGUAUAUCAUCAACCGGGGACUGCUGGUGACCGUCAUACAGACUCUGACACUCAUCAUGUAUAGCGUGGAACAGACGAAUUUGCACUGGAUGCCCACACACCUGAGUAUUAACAAGGUAUAUGUUAUCACGAUGUUGGCCAUCUUAAACACUCGACCGGCCCUCCGUGAACAGCUCAAUAACACUGCAACCGCGAGUCUUGCGUUCAACAGUACUAGUACUCCCUCGCAGGGUCGAUUCCCCGUCGUUCGUAGUCGGGCAGUCAACGAUAUGGAAAUCUCGAAUCUUGGUUGGAGAGAACGGGCGAUUGAAUUUUCGCAAGCUCAUGACUCUGAUGAUCAGUUGCAUGAUGGAUCGUAUGGAAAAGCUGCAGGAUCUGGAUUUGUGACGACGUCGCUCAGAGAUCCAGAAGGAACCGUAGCAUUAGGCACUCGAUUACACGCCGACUAA